AUGCAGGGAUAUCCCAUCCAGUCCGUAUACAAGGCCCCUAAGAAGCAGCGACAGACUGGCAUAGCCAGAGGCGAUAUAGUGCCCCUGGACCUGGAUUUCCUCUGCCACCUCGAGUCGCAAGUCGCCACCGCCCGCCCCAGGCGCGGAGAAUCGCCACAAUACAAGGCAUCGGAGCUGUUAAAUAUUCAUAGCAAUAGACAGAAUAUAAUAUAA